AUGUGCCCUUGGCCCCCCGGGCAGGCCUGGGAGUGCAGGAGCCGUGCAGGGCACCUUGGCCAGGCUCGCAGUGACCUCGGCGAGAGCUGCACGGGCAGGAAGGACAUCGUGGCCAAGAGCAAAUCUAAAUACAUUCUGGUGAGGAUGAAAAGUGCGGCUGAGACGGGCUACUGUUUCAACAUCAGGAGGCUCCGACUGCAGGAGAAACUGGUCCUGCUGAGAUACGAUCCCAUUGCAAAACAACGUGUCCUCUUCACCGAGAAGAGAAAAAUCCGCUCUAUCUGAACCAUGACUGGGCUUGAUUUAUGUAUGAGGAGAGGACAGUUUGGGGGGAGGAUGGGGUGAAUGCUGAUUCAGAAAUCCAGCAACAGGGACUGAAAAGAGAGGAAAUGAACUGGGAUCACCAUCUCCUGUGAUUUGAAGGCCAUUGUGAAUAAAACAAUGUAGAGAGAGAAAAUUCUUAAUGUCUGGACAUAGAUCAUCACAGUAACAUUUAUUUAUCUUUUGAGUUAUUUUUGCAGUACUCCAUUAAAAAAAAUUAAAUAGCAAA